AUGGAUGACUACAAAUAUCAUGACAACUAUGAGGGCUAUGCCCCCAGUGAUGGCUAUUAUCGUGGUAAUGAGUCCAAUCCAGAAGAAGAUGCACAGAGUGAUGUUACAGAAGGCCAUGAUGAGGAGGAUGAGAUCUAUGAGGGCGAGUACCAGGGCAUCCCUCACCCAGAUGACAUCAAGACCAAGCAGACCAAGAUGGCACCCUCCAGGGUGGAUGGUCUUCGGGGCCAGGCAGACCUGAUGGCUGAGAGGAUGGAAGAGGAAGAGCAGCUGGCCCACCAGUAUGAGACCAUCAUUGAUGAGUGUGGCCACGGACGCUUCCAGUGGACCCUCUUUUUUGUUUUGGGUUUGGCCCUGAUGGCUGAUGGCGUGGAAGUGUUUGUGGUGAGUUUUGCCCUGCCCAGUGCAGAGAAGGACAUGUGUCUGUCUAGUUCCAAGAAAGGAAUGCUUGGGGUGAUAGUCUACCUAGGAAUGAUGGGGGGAGCCUUCAUCCUGGGGGGCCUGGCUGAUAAGCUGGGGAGGAAGCGAGUCCUCAGCAUGUCCCUGGCCGUCAACGCCUCCUUCGCCUCCCUCUCUUCCUUCGUACAGGGAUAUGGAGCCUUCCUCUUCUGCAGACUCAUCUCAGGCAUAGGUAUUGGGGGUGCACUGCCCAUUGUUUUUGCCUAUUUUUCUGAAUUCUUGUCCCGGGAGAAACGAGGAGAGCAUCUCAGUUGGUUAGGCAUCUUCUGGAUGACUGGAGGCAUCUAUGCGUCUGCCAUGGCCUGGAGCAUCAUUCCACACUAUGGCUGGGGCUUCAGCAUGGGCACCAGUUACCACUUCCACAGCUGGAGAGUGUUUGUCAUCGUCUGCGCUCUGCCCUGCACUGUGUCCAUGGUGGCCCUGAAGUUCAUGCCAGAGAGCCCGAGGUUUCUGCUAGAGAUGGGCAAACACGACGAAGCCUGGAUGAUUCUCAAGCACGUUCAUGACACCAACAUGAGGGCUAAGGGGACCCCAGAGAAGGUGUUUACGGUUUCCAACAUUAAAACUCCCAAGCAAAUGGAUGAAUUCAUUGAGAUCCAAAGUUCAACAGGGAGUUGGUACCAGCGCUGGCUAGUCAGAUUCAAGACCACUUUCAAGCAGGUCUGGGAAAAUGCUCUGUACUGUGUGAUGGGGCCCUACAGGAUGAACACACUGAUUCUGGCCGUGGUUUGGUUCACCAUGGCUUUAAGUUACUAUGGACUGACAGUUUGGUUCCCUGAUAUGAUCCGGUAUUUUCAAGAUGAAGCAUACAAGUCCAAAAUGAAGGUAUUUCACAAUGAGCACGUGUAUGGUGUCACAAUCAACUUCACAAUGGAAAAUCAGAUUCACCAACAUGGGAAACUUGUGAAUGACAAGUUCACAAAGAUGUACUUUAAACAUGUACUCUUUGAGGACACUUUAUUUGACGAGUGCUAUUUUGAAGACGUUACAUCGACUGAUACCUAUUUCAAAAACUGCACCAUUGAAUCGACCAUCUUUUAUAACACAGACCUCUACCAGCAUAAGUUCAUCAACUGUCAUUUUAUCAACGUCACCUUUCUGGAGCAGAAGGAGGGCUGCCACAUGGACUUGGAGCAAGAUAAUGACUUCUUGAUUUACCUCGUCAGCUUCCUUGGCAGUCUGUCUGUCUUGCCUGGGAACAUCAUAUCUGCCCUUCUCAUGGAUAGAGUCGGAAGGCUCAAGAUGAUUGGUGGCUCCAUGCUCAUCUCAGCUGUCUGCUGCUUCUUCCUAUUUUUUGGCAACAGUGAGUCGGCGAUGAUUGGCUGGCAGUGCCUGUUCUGUGGGACAAGCAUUGCUGCCUGGAAUGCUCUGGAUGUGAUCACGGUGGAGCUGUAUCCCACCAACCAGAGGGCAACAGCCUUUGGCAUCCUCAAUGGAUUAUGCAAAUUUGGCGCCAUCUUGGGAAACACCAUCUUUGCUUCUUUUGUUGGGAUCACCAAAGUGGUCCCCAUCCUUCUGGCUGCUACUUCUCUUGUUGGGGGUGGCCUGAUUGCUCUUCGACUGCCAGAGACUCGAGAACAGGUCCUGAUGUGA